AUGGGGGGUGAAAUGGUCGUAGCAAACAAAUCUUCUGAAAUUCUUGAUAGUGAAUUUUAUAAAAGUUACAGCAUUAUGGUUGUGGAUGAUGAUAUCACUUGCCUUUCCAUUAUUGCUGCUCAACUCAAGAAGUGGAAAUACCAAGUUGUGACGGUGAAGCACGCAAGAGAUGCAUUGUGUAUCCUUCGGUUCAGCGGCGUCUCUUUCGACGUUAUCGUCUCAGAUGUCCACAUGCCUGAUAUGAAUGGCUUUGAGCUUCAACGAGUGAUUGCCCAAGAAUUCGACGUUCCUGUUGUUUUUAUGUCAGCCGAUGAUAGAGAUAGUAUGGUGUUGGAAGGACUAGAGCGUGGAGCUGUAUUUUUCUUACUGAAGCCCAUAUCACCAGAUGAUCUACGAGAUAUAUGGCAGUAUGCUGCCUUGGCAAAGAAGAACAAGGGGAAAGGCAAAUCAGUUGUUAUUGAAGAAAUUCAAGAAAAUUACAGUUCAAGUAAAAGCUCCAGUGGCUUACCGAAAAGCCCUCAUGAAAAUGUCGAGUCUUCGUCAUCGAUCAACGUCAAAAAGGGCAAUAAAGAAGGCAAGAAGGAAGAAUCUAAGAAGAAGUCUGCAAGAAAGUAUAAGGAGGCUGAAAAAGAAGACAGUGGCACACCACCAAAGAAGACUAAGCUUGUUUGGACAGAUGCACUUCACAACAAAUUCUUGCAAGCAAUUAAAGAAAUUGGUUUGGACAAAGCUUAUCCGAGGACAAUUCUUGAAGUCAUGGAUGUCCCAGGACUAACAAGAGAAAACGUCGCCAGUCAUUUGCAGAAAUAUCGUAUUUUCUUGAGGAAAGUCACUGAAGAAAGUUUCAGAGUUCAAGCUGCGGACACAAACUUAACUAAUAGUGCUACUCAAUCAACUUUCGGAUCGAAAGGGCUAAGUACAAUCAGCCAACAUCCUCAAGAAAUUUCUGGAUCGCAACAGCCGUUCCUCAAGAACAACUCAUUGGCUGAGACUUCAAACCGUAGCAGUUCAUCAUUGUCAAAUCGACGCGCUACACCAGCUAUUACUCUGCCAGGAUAUGGAAAAGCAAAGUUGGUUUUGAACAAAGGUGAUUCAAGUAAAAUCACGUCUAGUAAUGCAAAUCAAGUGUCCACAGUAGAAGCAGUUAAGAAUCAGACUAGGUCAUUGAUACAUGAGGAUGUUUCAACUCAGCUCCUGAAUGCUGCAAUUUUAGCGAAUCAACGUAUUACAAGAAAUUUGAACUCUCUUCAUAACAGCUCUGCUGCCGGAGAACACCAUGAGUCAAAUCAAAGUUUGGUUCAAAGGGAUUCGUCUUUGAUUGGAUUUCAAAGAGAUAAGGAAUUUGCAGCCAUGUUGACUAGUUAUCUUAAUCAGGGAGCUAACCGUACGCAGUUAACCCGAUUGCCAAACAAUGUCGAGACUGGAGGAGGAAGUGGUACUGUACUUGAUCAAGAUUGGUCUAGUUAUUUCAAUCAGGGAGCUAACCGUCUGCAGUUGACCAGAUUACCAAAUUUUUCCGAGACUAGAGAAGGAAGUGGUACUAAACCUGGUCAAGAUUGUGAAGGAGAAAAGCAAUCUGCAGCCAUGUGGUCUAGUUAUAUUGAUCAGGGAGCUAACCGGGUGCAGUUAACCCGACUUCCAAACAAUUUCGAGACUGGAGGAGGUAGUGGUACUAAACCCGGUCAAGAUUGUGAAGGAGAAAAGCAAUCUGCAACCAUGUGGUCUAGUUAUUUCAAUCAGGGAGCUAACCAUAUGCAGUUAAACAGAUUACCAAACAAUGCCGAGACUGGAGGAGGAAGUGGUACUAAACCUGGUCAAGAUUGUGAAGGAGAAAAGCGAUCUGCAGUCGUGUGGUCUAGUAAUCUUAAUCAGGGAGCUAACCAUGUGCAGUUAACUCGAUUUCCAGACAAUUUCGAGGCUGGAGGAGGAAGUGGUACUAAUCCUGGUCAAGAUUGUGAAGGAGAAAAGCAAUCUGCAGCCAUGUGGUCUAGUUAUUUCAAUCAGGGAGCUAACAGCGUGCAGUUAACUCGAUUUCCAAACAAUUUCGAGGCUGGAGGAGGAAGUGGUACUAAACCUGGUCAAGAUGGUGAAGGAGAAAAGCAAUCUGCAGCCAUGUGGUCUAGUUAUCUUAAUCAGGGAGCAAACUGCGUUAAUCAGGGAGAAAAGCAAUCUGAAGUGGUCAUGUGGUCUAGCAAUCUGCAGUUAACUCAAUUUCCAAACAAUGUCGAGACUAGAGGAGGAAGUGGUACUAAGCUUGGUCAAGAUUAUGACGUCUCUAUGUUCGAUAAAAAUAAUGCUACAUCGUAUUCAAGUGGAAUUGGUGAUCUUACAAGCACUUUCUACAGCCAACUGAACGUUCAACCUUUUCAUGUGGAAAGCAGCAAUAAUCAGGAGGAGACAACUUUUAACUUAACCGAUGUUAACAAUCAGGACCAAGAAGCUUAUUAUCCAUUGCCAGUUGAUUAUACACCAGGAGAGCAAGGAGAUCACCCAGGUGUUACUGCAGAGGAAGGAUCGUCAUCUCAGCUCCAUCAUACUCACCAGAAUCCGGAACUUGAGCACGGCGAUGAUACGGAUUUCUGGGAUUCACUUCUUUCUUUAAGCCCUUAUAAUGGUGAUCAGUAG